AUCCCAGCCAGAUACUGUUGACUCUCCUUGGCCGCCAGACCUAGCAUGGGAUUUGGCUUUGGAGGACACGGCUUUCCCUCUCCUUUCUGUCCACAUUCUCUGAGCCCUUCUUGGGUACGUGGUGUGGUGCUGAGUGCUGGGGAUACGGCAGCAGAGUGUGCUGCCAAGAGGGGACACGGGCAUCUGCUGAGCUUCCCCAAGUCGCCACCACAGGCUCGGCCAAGCCAGCAUGGUGGACCACUUGCUUCCAGUGGACGAGACCUUCUCGUCACCAAAAUGCUCAGUGGGGUACCUGGGUGAUAGGCUGGCCAGCCGGCGACCAUACCACAUGUUGCCCUCUCCCAUCUCUGAGGAUGACAGCGAUGUCUCCAGCCCCUGCUCUUGUGCCAGCCCUGACUCGCAAGCCUUCUGUUCCUGCUACGGCUCAGGUCCAGGCCCUGAGGCCCAGGACAGCAUCUUGGAUUUCCUCCUGUCUCAGGCCACACUGGGCAGCGGUGGUGGCAGUGGAGGUGUCGGAGAUAGCAGUGGCCCUGUGACCUUGGGAUCAUGGAGGAGAGCCUCUGUGCCUGUGAAAGGGGAACAUUUCUGCUUCCCCGAAUUCCUGUCAGGAGACCCUGAUGACGUCUCCAGACCCUUCCAGCCUACCCUGGAGGAGAUUGAAGAAUUCUUGGAAGAGAACAUGGAGGCUGAGGUCAAGGAGGCCCCAGAGAGCAGCAGCAGGGACCUGGAGGCCUGCAGCCAGCUCUCCGCUGGGUCACACCGGAACCACCUCCAUCCAGAGUCUGGUGGGAGAGAGCGCUGUACCCCGCCACCAGGUGGCACCGGUGGGGGUGGUGCCCAAAGUGCUGGUGAGGGGCCGGCACGUGAUGGCCCCAUGCCCGUGCUGCUGCAAAUCCAGCCUGUUGCUGUGAAGCAGGAGGCAGGUUCAGGGCCAGCCUCCCCAGGGCAGGCCCCAGAGAGUGUCAAGGUUGCCCAGCUCCUGGUUAACAUCCAGGGGCAGACCUUUGCACUCCUGCCUCAAGUGGUACCAUCCUCCAACUUGAACCUGCCCUCCAAGUUUGUGCGCAUUGCGCCUGUGCCCAUCGCUGCCAAACCUAUUGGUUCGGGAUCCCUAGGUCCUGGCCCUGCUGGCCUCCUUGUGGGUCAGAAGUUCCCCAAGAACCCAGCAGCAGAACUUCUCAAGAUGCACAAAUGCACUUUCCCCGGCUGCAGCAAGAUGUACACCAAGAGUAGCCACCUCAAGGCCCACCUGCGCCGGCACACAGGCGAGAAGCCCUUCGCCUGCACCUGGCCGGGCUGCGGCUGGAGGUUUUCCCGCUCAGAUGAACUAUCACGGCACCGGCGAUCUCACUCAGGUGUGAAGCCGUACCAGUGUCCCGUGUGCGAGAAGAAGUUUGCGCGGAGUGACCACCUCUCCAAACACAUCAAGGUGCAUCGUUUCCCACGGAGCAGUCGGGCCGUACGCGCCAUCAACUGAGUGCAGUGACCACCCCACCCUCCCCUAGCCCCACGCUUUGUUUUUAGAUGCAAUAACUUAUUGCCUCCUUCAGAAGGAUGUGACAAUGUUACCAGCCCCCUUCUGAAUCUUAGGAGGUGUGACCCAGAACCGCCAUGGCUGCCUUUCCGGGGAGGACCUAGAGUCCCCAAGGUCCCCGGGGCUGGUUCCCCGGUGGCCCAGGCAGGCCUGCACCCUUGUGCCUUUGUGCCUUCCUGCCAGCCGGAAGGAUUGUUGGGGGGGUCCUUGCCCUUCUCCCAUUGGGCUCCCUACCUGGGCCAAAGCCAACAUUAUUGCUGGGGAAGAAGUGUUUCGGUUGUGUCGAAAUAGUUCCCAGAAGGAGCCAUGCUGGGAACAAGGAAGUAGGUCAAAAGUGUAGGGCUGAACUGUGGCAUGAGGACUGCCAUAUGCAAGAGGCCUUUGAGGGUCCAGGAGAACGGCCACCCUUGCUCUAGGCUGUAAUGCAUGUGCUUAAAUGCAAGACAAAUGGAGCCAUAUCCAUCGGUACCCAGCCUGGCUCACCCUCCUCCAGACAUCAGCAUCCUCCAGGUUGUGGUAGGAGGAGACAGGAACUGGCCUGGUGGAUGCCAAGCAACUAGCUAGCGCCUCCCAGUCUGACUUAGAUUUGCAUUCCUCAUCAGGUCUAGAUAUUAGUAUCAAUUGGACUAGCUUGUUUUGACAGGUCUAUUUCACAUCCUAUGAAUGUAUGUAAAUAAACUGUACAUAGGUACGCAUCUACAUAAAAUAUCUUUUAAUAACACGUUGACAUUUGUGUAAAUUUGAAAUUAAAAAAUUCUAUAAAGUCAGUGUAUAUAUGUUACAAUUAUGUAUAUUUUCUUUGGUCCUUCAUAAAAAUAUAUUUACUUUGCCAAUAAAAAGAGAAAAAAGAACUCAA